GAUGAGUGUUAUAAAGUGGAAAGGAAACAGGAAAAAGUAUUGAACACAUUGGAACACAUUCAAAUUUAUUCAGAACUUGCUUGUGGACUAAUUUUUCCCUGUAUCAUGGUGAUUAUAAGAGACUGUUUCCUACAGGUGUGUUAGACAUGGACCCCUUGUUUCCCACCUUGUGCAUUUUAGACACAAGUGUGCCACAAAAUAGGCAACAAUGCCUUCUUAAGGCUUCAAAGGAGGCUAAGGCACUGGCAUCCCGCAACACAUGCUAUAAUAGAAACAAAGUCCAGGAUAAAAAGACAGCUUGUGAGGAAGGUAAUAUGCAAUCGAUGUGUUCCCACCCCAUGUUCACACUGCAGCAUAGACUGUUUUUUGAGCUUAUCGUUAAAAAAAAAAAAAAAAAAAUCAUUACAAUUUCUCUGUCUUCAGCCAAAAAGAGAUGUCAGCCCAUUACCUUGACUCCAUCAGAGGUGCAGUACCUUGGCCAGCUCCAGAUUACAUUUGGCAAAUACAACGGCCAAAGUUUUAAAUGGCUGGUGGAGAACGAUGUCGGCUACAUUAAGUAUCUGCUAGAUAUGCACAUAAAAGAACGCCGCCAUCAUGAAAGAAAAGCGAGCCCUGAUGAGUGGGUGAAGGAUCUCCUGCUGAGGUAUGUGCAGCUGUUUCCACAGGUCUCCUGCCACCUCGAGAUCAACGUGGACAGGGCCAUUUAUGGGCAGGGCCGCUUCAGGUCGUUUACAUUCCUGGAGAUGUGGCAGUGGUACAGCCUGCACAAGACUCUCCAGGCUGACCCGCAAGCUGGGACCGACCACGAGAGGAAAAUGGCACAGGAGGCGCACUGCUCUGUGCAGCAGUGGCUGGUGAUGAAGGCGGAGGACAUCACCACCAAGUCACUGAAGCGCUUCAGGCAGUACAUUCUCGACAAAGAGAAACCUCCACAGGACAGGGACCCUCCCGCAGCAGCUGCCAGCUCCAGUUCAUCAGGGUCCAAAGGUGAUGGCGGCUGGGUGGAUGACGCUCUGCUGGUGGAAGCUCUCACCUCCUUUGAAAGACAAGCAGCUGGGGAAGCUGAGGGUAGAAAAAAGUAUCCAGACAAAGAGACCCAUCCAGAUCCUCCACAGAAGCCAGCCACAGACUAUGUUUCACCGUAUACUGUAAGUCCCUAGCUUGUACAUCACAAUUGCCUGUUACAUCCCCGAUUCCAGGUGGGGCACCAUAAAUGGGUAGAGCAUGCAUAAACUAUGCUUAGGUAAAUGAAAACGUUUUUCACUAAUACACUUACAUUUAAGGCUCCUGCAUCAGCUCCUGCAGCAGCUCCUCCAUCAGCUCCUGCAGCAGCUCCUGCAUCAGCUCCUCCAUCAGUUUCUGCAGCAGCUCCUCCAUCAGUUUCUGCAGCAGCUCCUCCAUCAGCUCCUGCAGCAGCUCCUGCAUCAGCUCCUCCAUCAGUUUCUGCAGCAGCUCCUCCAUCAGCUCCUGCAGCAGCUCCUCCAUCAGCUCCUGCAGCAGCUCCUCCAUCAGCUCCUGCAUCAGCUCCUCCAUCAGUUUCUGCAGCAGCUCCUCCAUC